UUUUGUUUAGUAUUAUAACACGCCUUUGACGGAGCAUUUCCGUUGUAACUUACAGGAUUACUUAAAAUAAAAGGGUACAAUGAUGUAUCGUGUAUUCCAAAAGCUAUUGUUGAAUUGUCAUAAGUUUCGAUAAAGUUACUAGUUUACUUGAGUUGCGGAAUAGGUAAUAAGUGUUUGGCUCAGUUUUGUGAAAUUUGACUUACGUUUGUGAUCAAACUUUUUGAGUGCUCUACUUGACUUAGUUUAAAGAUGAAACAGUUGAAAAUACCGUGAGGAAAUGGCCGAUAACAACAAAAAACGAACAAGCAGUUUCCGUAAAUUGUUCCCCAGUUUAUUCUUUUCACAUAAAUCGAAGGAAAAAAAUAGUGACAAAGAAUCGCAUCGUCCAAAGAAUUCGAACGAUAGCUCGUCAAUUAGCAAUCAUUACCAAAAUCCAAGAUCAAUUAUUAGGACUGAGAAAUCUACUCAAGGUGAGGAUGAAAAUAAUGGGUGUAUAUAUGAGAACAUUGCGGUUUCUCGAAAUGCACAACAUGAUACGGUGACGCUAAGCAGCACCGCGGCAAGCAAUCAUUCUUCAAGCAGCACUUUAGUAUCAGAAAGCGUGAAAGGUAAAUCGAACUAUGUCGGAAGUAGUCUAAGUAAGGCCAGCUACAGCAGCCCCUAUACCAGUUACGCGGCGCGACCGCAAGUCCCACCUAAACCUCACGAAUCACAUACACCACAGAAUCACAACGAAUUCGAAAACCCUCAAUAUCCCGAUGUUUACUAUCAUUCAGUGGAAAAACUAACAGAUAAGAUAUCGCACUUCGACGAAAUUGAGAUAUACAGAGCAUCUAAAUCUCAAGUAGAUCCGACACCGGUUGGAGCUGAAAUUAAAAAGGUGAGCACGAAGUUUCUAAUAUCACCGAAAAAAGAAGCCGAAGUACGAACAAUACAGCCAACAAGAGCGCGAAGUUUGUCGUUCAAUAAAAACAAGGCAGAACCAAACAAUACCGAAACACGAGACAAUUUCAAUAGAAAUGAGUUACAUAUAUCGAAGCCAUACAACUACUCGGCUCCAACUUCACCGAUCCCUCUUAAUCAUAAAAUUCCGAACAUGCCUAAAACGGUAUCGCCUUACGAACAUGUCCGCAAGACCAUAAUGGAAAAUGAAAUAAAAAGAAAUUCCCUGAGUAGAUCUAGCAUCCAAAAUAAGUCUACUCCUUCGCCCAGACCAGAGGACGCCAGGUUAGCUAGUAGAACUUCCAAUUCUAUCGGAACUACACUUCAAGAAAGUCAUAAAAUGAACGACACUGACCGAGAAAAGACACGACAAAGAGUUGAAGCGUUUUACUGGCAAAAGCUGAAAGAGCAAAAAGACAAAGAGGACGAAUAUCUUUUAAGACAGUCUUUAAAUUGUCAAAUGAAUAGCCCUACUGGCCGCAAUACGUAUUCUCAUUCAAACUGUAGUACGCCAAAUUCUUUCACGGCUGAGCCGAGAAGUUUCAGUUUGCCACGAGGGCAAAAUUUAAAUAGUAGUUACUGCGUUACCCCUCCGGUUUAUACUAAUCCCUCGUUUGUCAGAGGGGCGCCUGAAAGGCGUACUGAUACCUUCAUAACAAAUCGAAGUUCUUACAAGGAUCCAGAGGUAAUUUAUAGGCACCCUGAAAAAUUAAUUGCUAGUACAACUUUGCAAGGAUCUCCAUAUAAUAUGAGACAGACUCCGAUUUUCCAACGAGGUUCGCUGACGAGAGAUUUGCGAAAUGCGAAUCCGCAACCAAAGAGAGUGAGUUUUGAGGAACAAUAUUUAUCGAAAAAUGCGUUACAGAAUGACGGAAGUAAAAGCAGUACAAAUUCCAAAAUGGUGAGAAAUCUGAUGAGUUCGUAUCCUGAGUGCUCUUCAGACGUGUCGAAAGUUGCUAAUGGAUCGAAGGGUGUGUUCAAAGCUCCGCCACGUCCUCCCGUCCGGACAUCAAGUGUCAACAGGAGUUAUAAAAUGGAAAACAGCAAGAAUGUUGUCAACGCUUUUGGAAAACGUCCGGGAUACUCCGAGUCCGAGAGCGGGUCUGAAGCUGGGGAAAUACAAAGGAUCCUGAGAAACUCCGCAGCGAAGGAAGAAGACUGGCACGGAGAUGGCACUCGUAUCGAUGGUGGUCUCUCCGACGGGGAGGCGAGCCGCGGACCGGUGCGUGGACGCACUUCCCGUCGUGACGACCCUCGUCGGCACACUCUUGCCGGCAACCACUUCUACAUCCACCCACAUCAUCAAACCCAGAUUUCAUCUCUGGACAUUGAGCCUAACGGCCGAGAAGAACCAAACAUCGCAGAAUACGCAACGGUUACGAAAUACCGAGAUCGAGAAAUGAAGCCCGUUCGAAUAUUAGAUCCUCGAAUGCGAAAGCCGCCGCUGCCCCGGUAUCCUCCGCCGAACAAUGCCUUGCUGUUCGACGAUGACCCGGGCAUCAUGUCUGAGGUGGAGACUGCAUCCACGGGGUUCCGCCGUGGAGGCAAGCAGCGCUCCUCACUACCGGUGGUCAGGACUCCCAGCAAAACCUUAGAAAGACCUUUGGGGCUGGUGUUCUUGCAGUACAGGAACGAAACUAAACGCGCCUUACUGCCGAAUGAGAUCACCUCCAUCGAUACUGUGAAGGCCCUUUUCGUGCGCAGCUUCCCGAAGCAGCUCACCAUGCAGUACAUGGACAGCCCCAUGGUCAAGAUAUACAUACACGACUCUUCCAAGGAUAUGUUCUACGAGCUAGAAGAUGUCCGCGCCCACUUGCGUGACAUUCGCGAUCGAUCAGUGCUUCGACUUUUCGAGGCUACGGACAUGGGCGGCGGGGUCUUCCCGGGAGCCGUGGGCGUGGGCUCUCUCGCCAUACCGCCCAGCAACCCACCCUGCUCCGGGCCCUCCAGUUGGGAUCAGGACCAGAGCUACUUCAGCGAGCCUGAAAUAGACUCUGAAUACCACCACCAACAUGUGCAUAAAUCCAAGGUGAAGGCUCCAGCGUACUACAUCGGGACAUCGGCGCCUAGCACCCUGCCCCGCGGAGGCUCCUUGUUACGGGCCUUCUCGCCCGCCGCAGCCCCCGUGCCCGCCGACAGGGCCAAGACUGUUUCCAACACAGCUCCUGGCAAACCAAUGCGUUCGGUGGCAAGGAGCGGGUCGGAACGGUGCUUCCGAUACGGCCCAGGAGACUGCACUCGACCUGAACAACUAUACACCAUCCCUGGUCAUGGCGGGGAGGGCUAUAUGUCAUCUCCGGAGCGCGGCGCUGCUAGAGCUCCUUACGAGGACCCAUACUACACCCAAUUCCUUGGCCCAGCUGGCGGCAGACCCACCAUCACGCCUGUCAUCGACGAAGAGGCCAGUGAUGGCGUGCUAAUCGACGAUUCUUACCAGAUGUACGGGGUCAACGCCCUGGGCACGGCUCCUCGGCCGAUGCCGCGUCCUCCUUACGACGCCAGGAUCAAUCCUCAAGUCGAGGAUAUGCAGCGUUUACGUGUGGAGAAGAUGGAAAGGCAGUUGGCCAACCUGACGGGGCUUGUGCAGAAGGCGCUACAGGCCCCCGGCGCCGCCGCCCCCGUGGUCGCGCCGCGCCAGGAGUUCCAGACCUACGCUACCCGCCCCACCACCCAAGAUGGCGCACGAUACAACUCUACUGAGAGACCCCCCAAACUGGGGCGGGACAAAUUUCAAAAGUCUGUGUCAUUUGAGAAAUCGGUAUCCUUUAGCGAUGACCCACCCGAUAUGAAUUCUCCAAUUCAGCAUUCGCCCCAGCAUUCAGCUGAUACAAAGCCAACAAAACCGGCAAUAAAAUCUUCGACGUUGCCGAGGACGUCUUCGCAAGAACGGGACCGGUUGAAGCCAGCGCCUCCACCGAAGCCGGCCGGGCUGGUGGGCCAACAGCUGGCCUUAGUGCCGCAGCGCACUUACACGAUCAAUGUGUCUCCGGACUUCUUCAAUCAGCUGCGCGUCUUGCAGAAGCAGAGCCGUGAUCUCAGGCUCGAGACUCGUAAUCUGCGUCGGUCGACUCUAUCGCACGCGAUACAGAUGCGACAACUGAUGGCUGAUACCAUCGUCAAGAUCGGAGCUAUAGCAGCCAGCUUCUGCGAGCAUGACCCGGAAUCGCAACUGACUCGCGAGGAGGAGAUCUACCGGCAGGAUAUGCUUCUCCUGGAGAACGACUUGUACGAGCUGGAGGCCACAGUGGAGCGCCUGCGCGGCCAGGCUGCUAACAGGGAGACCCGGGUGAACAUGGCAGACAUCGAGCGUAUUGCCAUGGUGCUGUCCAAGAGCAGCAAGACCGUGGCUGACUGGAAGCUGAAGUUCCCCAUUCUUCAGGAUACCAUGAAGGUCAAACUGGCUUCCGAGAUGGAGAAGGUGGUUCGUAAAGAGAAGAUGCUGGAAGAAGAGCCUGAGCGCCUGGAGCUGGCACUACGUCGCUGCAAGAAGCUCACUGGGACCCUGGUGACUCUCAAACGCCUCGCGUGCGUGCAAGAGCAGCGACUGCCCCUGACCGACGGCCGCUUGUCCCCUGGGUCCUCUCAGAGCUCUUCAUUCACCGCUGGACCCUCCUCAGAGGAGUUCACCUCCGACACCACUUGCCAUGUUACCCCAGCGCACAACAAGGGCACCGGCGACGCCUGCGUCGAGCGAGGGCCUGGUGGCCGCGGAGCCGCGGAGCUGCGCCCAGAAAAUGCACUCGACGCGCUACUAGACGAGCUGCAGACGUUCGCCAAGCCGGCGGAGCGGGGCGAGCGCGGGGAGCGGGGCGAGCCGCCGCUGCGCCGCUUGCACUCGUACCCGAGCGGCAGCGACACGGACGCGUCGCCGCCGGUGCGCGCGCGCGGCCAGCACCCGCCCAAGCCACCCGUUCCGGAGCGCCACCCCGAGCUGCUGGCGCUGGCGCAGCGCCGCGCGCCGCCGCCGCCGCCCCCGCGCACCACUUCACGCUCCCCGCUCGCCUCGCCCACCUCGCCCACCUCCUCGCCCCGCGCCGACAUCCCCAACCACUCCAACCACGCGCCACCCUCCGACUCCCCCGAAGAUCGCGUGCGACAGGCGCAACUAGAACAACGCCACCAGGAAUUACUAAAGAAACAGAAAGCGUUGCAAGAACAGUACGCGCGCUUGCAAAUGAUCCAGCGCACAGGCCCGACGCUGCCGCCGAACGUGCAGCCCGACUUGAAGAAAACGGGGAGCGAGUCGAACCUGGUGUCUAAGAUGAACCUGAAUCUGGCACCGGCGGCUACGUCGGGCAGUAUGACGCACUUGGCCGGCGAGGUCGGCGCGAACCCAGGCGGUGCGGACCUGGGCGGCGCGCCGACCGCCGGCCUGCUCAAGGUGGCCGAUCCCAGCGCCACCACUAACAAAGUCUACGAGACGGACAUUCUGUGACAAACUGUUUAAAGUGUAGUUAAACAAUUGAACCAAAUAACUAUUUCUAAUUCAACAAACUUUGGUACUUAACCAAAUGGUCGGCGCGCCGACCUCCAACCUGCUGAUGUUGGCCAACACCGGCGCCACCAUCAAUAAACUCUGUGUGACGAACGCUUGUUCAAAGUGUAUUUAAACAAUUAAACAAAAUAACUAUUUCUAAUUCAUCAAACAUAUUCCAUUUUCCAUAAGUACACACAUUUAGGCACUAAACUCAUCAUUUUUCUAGUGUUCACUAUAAAAUAAUUCAUAUAAAUUAUAAUAUUGUACCUACCUAUCCUUAGUCUUUUUAUUUUACUUAUUGUAUUUUCCAGUAUAUAUUCACUACCCUUUAUUUAUAGUAUACGAUAAAAUAAGCGAUAAACUUGUCUGUGGUUCAAUUGUAUAUUUCAAGUAUUAAUAUUUGGCCCAAACGACUCCUGGAGUUAUUUGUACUUUUCCGUAUAAAUCCUGAUAUAUAUCUAGCAAAGUAGGCGUUAUAAUUAUUUUCAGUCUUGCCAUCUCAAUACGGCACACAUUUUUCUUUUACGCGCAAAAAAAAUACAUGUAAAACAUCGCUGCUUAACCCUGUUCGUAACACCAUAAUACUGUGUAUUAUUGACAGAGGGUAGUUUCCUCGGUCAAAGAUAAAUUAUGAAAUUCUGAUUACUAAAAGGCGACAAAAAACGUUUUCUUUUUUCUAUAUAACUUUAUGAUUUUUUAUUAAAAAAAAUAAUAAAUGCGACAUUUUGUCACGUCUUUCUAUGACGUCACAGGUUUUGCUUUUCAACGUCCAUAGUAAUUUCGUGUUUUGACGUUUAGUAAAAAGUAACCGAUUUGACUAGUUGGAAACUAUCCUAUUGUCAGAUGUUACGUCGUCGUAAGCAACAAGUAAAUAAAUAGUUGUAGAUACCUACUUGAGAGAUGUAACUUAAGAUGUUGAUGUUGUAGAUAAAGUAUUUUUUCAUACAUACUUCGAAACCAGACAGACUUAAGGAAGUUUGCCUAUUGAUCAGCAUAAACCACCACGCUAUUCCGGUGCAAGGGUGAGAUUCGUCUCAGUAGUUGAGAUUGACUACACACACGUACAUACACACAUGCACACACUCACUUGCACACACACAUGCUCGCUUAACCUUAUAAAACAUAAGAUUCACAGUUACAUCUCUUCAAAUCGUUAUACAUUUCACGAAGCAUUCAUUCACAGUGUUUUUUUCCUCACAAUAUUUCAAGUAGAUUAAAUAUAAUUGAUGUUUUUAGAUCAAAAUUCUAUUUAUUAACUUUAAGUCACCCAAAAUCUGAUAAUUAUUACUGUGUAUCUGAUAAUCAUAAAUGUAAUAAACAUUUAAUUGUUUAGAUUGUGUAAAAUAGGACAAUCUAUCUAUAUGUAAUUCAAUGUGCCAAUCUUCGAUCAAGCAUCCGUUCUAGAUAAACAAUUGUACACUUAUAACUCACAUGCUUGUAUCCCCGAGCGCGUACCUACGCAAGGAUGCAUAAUAUAUAAACCCACUCUAAAUUAAUAGUUAUAAUGGCCCCGAUUCCUGUAGACACCUUCGAAAAGGAAAGGGCCGGAUGAUUGACAACUGUUAAUUUGAAAAUAUUUAAUUUAAUAGGUACGGGUGAAUAAAAUAGGCACGCGUUUCACGUGUGCUGUCAACUUAAUUCUGUCGGUUUAUUGGCCAAUAUAAAAUUUUGGUACGGUUUUUUAAUUUUUUGCAUAAAAUUGACGUAUGUUCCAUAAAUUUUGUGCCUGUCGAUUACCCGUCCCUUUUCGGCGGAUAAGAAAAUGACAGGUACUUAAAAUAAAAUUAGAUGUGGACUUGAAUCAUCACUAAUUAUAAUCUUAUGAUUAUGUUAAUAGUGAAACAGGCAUUUUAUGCAUAUAUUUCGGGAAGUAAAACUUCCAACUGUUACGGUUAAGUACUUUGAAAUAGAAAUUUAGCACGUACUUAAUAACACAACGAUACUUGAAAAAAUCGUAACCCAAUCUUUGUUUAUGUAAUUAUUAGUGCCUACGGUAAAAUCAUUAUCUAACAUGGAUAGUUGAUCGAAGGCCUCAAUGUAACACUACCCUCACUAAAUGUUAAACCCUACCUCGAACGUAUCCAAUAUAGCUGCUUAUUAAACUUACUAAUUAUUUAAGUAUACCUAUCAGUUUGUCUCGAUCUUUUACAACGAAAUUGUAUAUCAUUUGACUUUCUAAACAUGAAAUUAUAUAAUCUAUUGAUUAUAUAUAUGACGGCUCGGUAGUCACACUCGAAAUGUUUGAUAAUUAUCUCAAAAAAAGACUGUGAUAAAAUUAAUAACGAAUUCUUCGACUACCUGUUUGAAAUGAAAUUAAAGAUAUCGUUAACAACGUUAGACGAUUUGAUUUUUUCUACGUAUCUUGGCAGCUUCGUAAACUUUGGAAUGGAUAAAUUACUGAAGUAGAUAUAUUUGACUUAUAUAUAAAUAUUUUAAAUCAGCAUUUCGGCCGUAUAGAAACAGAUCAUGGCCCGACUUAGAUAUUUUAUUUUACAUAUUUACUCGCGAUCAAAUCUUUAGCCCUUUUAGUAAAUUAUUAGUCAAAAUUGCUGUAGUUUGAUAAAAUAAGAACCUAAAUUAAAUAUUUACAAUGUAAUCAACUUCCAUACAUCUCUCGUUUUGGUCGAGAGCUAACAAUAACCUCCUUCAUUUUUGAAGUCGGUUUAAAAACGAUAGUUUAUCAAAGAAUACCAUACUCGCACUAACCGUCAUAUAUAUAUAAUAGUUGGAAAUACUUAAGUAAUAGUGUAUAAUAUAUUUUUAGAUCAAACAUAUUUAUCUUUUAGGGAGUAACCAUAGUGUUAACGUUUUUAUUUUGUUUGCAAUCACCUUUAAAUGUUAUAAUUAUGCACUAUUUAAAGCACUUUUGUUGUGUUUCUGUAAUAUAUAAGUGUGUAAUAUCAACUUCAUUAUCAUUAAGAACAAUAAGUGUAAUCCCUGGCUUUGAAGCGGUCUAUUCAUCUUAAUGAAUAUAUAUACUUAUAUGUUUUUGUUAUACCUUGUUUCAUACAUUCCCACUUAGUACUUAUAUUAUACUUUAUAUACUUAAUUGUAAAAUAUAAACUUAAUUUAGCUUCUUAAUGCUUAAACAUAACCAGUGCCAAAUCAAUUUCUUUUCUUUCGGUUGUAAGUAUUAAUUAAUUGUUAAACUACAUUAUAUAUAAGUACACUGUAUUACUUUACAAAUUAUGAAUUGUUUUAAGCUCUUAAUCUAGAUUUUUGUAUAUUUUAUAUACCUAAGCGCUUUAAAAGCUUGAAU